UCAGGAACCUUAACCAAAUCAGUAAACUUAAUAAUAGAAUUUGUUAAUUCAAAGUAGUAGUUAAUAAAAAUAAUACAAAUUUAUUUUCGACACUUUAACUUAAGCACAUUUCAAUAAAUAAUAUUCAAAUUUAGUUUUGAAAAAUAUUAUUUACUUAAAUAGAUUAGCAAAAAAAUUUUGAGUAAAAAGAAAUAAAUAAAUCAGAAAACAUUAAUAGUAAUCAUCAAAGAGAGACACUAAAAAAGAAUAUAAAUCAAUCUUUUCUAAAAAAUAAUCAUUUAUAUGCUAAAUAAAAUUUAACAGAACAUACUCAUCAGAAAUCUUAGUUUAAUUAAAUUGACCCUUAACAAAAAAAUCCAGAAUAAUAAAUUGAAAUUAAAAUAAAAACUAGAACUCAAAAAAUCUUAGAAACAUUUCUGCUAAAAAAAAAACAAAAUGAAAAUUGAUUGCUUGAUUCAUUAAGAAAAUUAAUGUAUUUUCUUGUGCGUUGCUCAAUCUUGCACAAGUAAAAAUAGAUUUUUAUGCUCUGAGUGCAUAACAGAAUAGGAUGAAAGUCAUAAUCACUCUAUGGUCUCUCUCUCCUCCUUGAAUAAAAUGGAAUAAUCUGCUCAAUUCAAAUUACUUAGCUUUGCUGAUCCUAAAAAAUAGUUUACCCCUAGCCUAAAAAUGCAAAAUGUUGACGAGAGAGUUUCUAAAAUUAUCGGCUUCUAUGAAUCACUUUAGCAAUAAAUUAUUGCUCUGAUUUAAUAGAGAAUGAAAUAAGAAGUUGAAGAAUGUACUAACACUGCCUGCACUCAUGCAUCUCUUUUGAAAUAAUCUAAAAUAGAAGAAGUAGUUUAGAUACUUUUUAAGUCCUCCGUUAGUGGUAAUUAAGCUGAUUUAGAUAAAGAAGUUAAUGAUUUCUUCUCAGAGUACCAUAAAAGCUAUGCUAAUGUAGAGAAAUUUCUUAAAGAUUGCUAUUCUUGGGAGUAAAAAUUUUCCUACGUUGAAGACAUCGAUUAGAAGGUUAAAGAAAUAGUAUUUAAGUUUGAAUAAGCUGUUAAUAAGUUUUCUCCUAAUCAAAUUUUUAAAAAAAGUAAUAUCACAAUUGAAAUACUAAAUAGUAUUUAAAACGAAGAAAUCCUUUUACCAUCUUGCAUUAAAUACCUCCCUGAAGUAAAAUCUUUCUCUAAGGUUGAAGGAGUGUAGAGAAAUUACAUUGGUAUUAUUGAUGUCCCUAUCACUAAGGAUCUGCUUAAAACUUCCUUUAAGGUAAAAGUACAUAAACGUAGAUGGGUUGGAAUUGGUCUUUGUGAAAGAGAUCUCAUCGUAAGCAGAGAUUAUUAAUGUGAUAUAAAGUUGAUAGAUAAAAAGAGUGGGUUAUGGUUUAGCUUUUCUAAUGGUGAUUGCUAUUAAUCAGAAGAAGAUUGUUAGAUAUUUGGAGACAGCAAGGUUUAUUUCCGUGAUGGGGAUAUUCUUGUUGUCACUCCUUAUUAAAACAAAAUUGAUUACUAUGUAGAAGGCAAUCCUGAUAGAAUUUAUUCCCAAAAAUUUACGUAUGAUGAAAAUAAAGUUUAUUGCCCUUGCUUCGUUAUGUAUUAGAAUGGAGAAGAUCAAAUCGAAUUUAUUUAAUGA